CCGUCCACCAACUUAUUCUCAGAGGAAUCCGUUACUUACACCGGGGAGAAAGAUAUCACCAAAUUAGUCGUCAUAUUCAUAAGAGAACCGUUUAAAGACGGUGAAGCGACCUCCGCUUACGAAAAAAUCCAUGUUUUCUUCAUCGAAGAAGGAAAAGGCCUCUUUGUCUUGAAAAACAAACAAACAACCAAGCUGCUCGACAAUGGUAACGACAUCUCCACGACCUAUGACAUAAACAACACACAAUUAUACUUCGCAGCUUCCGAUGGCAUCUACAGCUUCAACAACCAAGAGAACAAAGCUGAAAAAUACGGAACAUUGACUGACAACACUGUUGCCGUCGCUAAGUAUUGGGGCACCAAUGAUUUAUACAUUCUAACAACAGAUAAUGUUGUAUACAAAGUCACUGAGGAUGGCACUAAAAAGGAAGAGAUAACCAAUGUAAAGGAUGCCCAACAAAUUGUAUUGGACUCGGCUAAUAAUUUGUACUUCGUGGAUAGUAAGAAACACGUCUAUGUUAGACUUGACGUAAACGGUACUGUAAAGAGCAUUAUAGGUCUACCAACAAAUCCUAAUAUGCAGAUUAUGAGGGCACCAGACAUUAUAAAGGAUGCUGUUGCAGUAAUGGGUGGUAAAAAAAAAUAUUUUGCAUUCGCAAAAUAA